UAAGGAGAGAUCAUAAAAAGGCUUAAUAGUGAAAAAAAAAAUCUAUCUCCACCACACAUGGAUUUGAAGAUUCAAGAUGAGAAAAAAACUUCAAAAAUUUCUAUUUUUGAAGCUAAAGUUGAAGCUGAAUCAUCAAUAGAAACUGAUUCUUCCAAAGAAAAGGAAACAAAUGAGGAAUUAGAAGUUAACUUCCGUCCAAAAAAACACCUGAAGUAUGUAGGUGUCCGAAAAAGGCCAUGGGGAAAAUUUGCAGCUGAAAUUAGGGAUUCCAGAAGGAAUGGAAUUAGGGUUUGGCUUGGAACUUUCGACACUGCUGAAGAAGCUGCUUUGGCUUAUGACCAAGCCGCAUUUUGCACGAGAGGUCCUUCAAUUUUCCUGAAUUUCCCAGUGGAAAAAGUACGCGAAUCGCUACAAAAAAUGGAAUGUAGCUACUUAUUGCAAGAUGGAUUAAUUUCACCAGCUGCUGCUCUAAAAGAGAAACACAAGAAGAGAAAUAGUACUUCAAGAAAAAAUAAGCAAGUGAAUAGUAUUAAAGAAGAAGAGAAUGUGUUAAUAUUUGAAGACUUAGGUUCUGAUCUAUUAGAUCAAUUAUUAUCUGAGUACUCCUCUUGUUCAAAUUAGUCUACUAAUUUUGUAAGUAAAUCUUGU